ACCAGCGCGUCACUUGACCAGCUCACACUGAACCCACAGCCGCCUUCCUCCAGCCUCCCCGAAGGUUAAAAGCUCGGGUUAGGCCCCGUUGCUAGGGAUGCCGCGGCCGUUGCUAAGGGCAGGUCGCGCUUCUCGCGCCGGCCCACCGGGCUUCCGUCGUCACGUGUGACGCAGGUCGGCCAGAGACAGCGGCAAGCAACCUCGACUCACGUUCGCGUGUUUGUGUGUGGGGGCGCGAGAGAGAAGGAACCAACCCGAACCAACUCGCCCAACCAAUGACAGGGCGCAUAAACAGCCAUUCCCCCAUCAGGAUUGGCUACUCGAUCCGAGCCUUCGGCGAAGAAAAGGCUACAGAUGGCUCCCUACAGAGUGAAGACUGGACACUUAACAUGGAGAUAUGUGACAUCAUCAAUGAGACAGAAGAAGGCCCAAAGGAUGCCAUCCGAGCGCUUAAGAAGAGGUUGAAUGGAAACAAAAACUACAGGGAAGUAAUGCUAGCUCUAACGGUACUGGAAACAUGUGUGAAGAACUGUGGCCAUCGCUUUCAUGUCCUAGUAGCAAACCGUGACUUCAUAGAUGGUGUCCUGGUGAAAAUCAUCUCUCCCAAGAACAACCCGCCCACCAUUGUUCAGGAUAAAGUACUUGCACUAAUUCAGGCCUGGGCUGAUGCCUUCCGAAGCAGCCCUGAUCUAACUGGGGUGGUCCACAUUUAUGAAGAACUCAAAAGAAAAGGGAUUGAGUUUCCAAUGGCUGAUCUGGAUGCUUUGUCUCCAAUACACACACCGCAGAGAAGCGUUCCUGAGGUUGACCCAGCUGCCAGCAUGCACAGGUCCCAGUCUCAGCAGCGGAUGAACUCCAGUUCCUAUUCAUCUCCUUCUCCAACGGCGUACUCUGCUCCUCAGGCCCCAGCUUUGAAUGUGACCGGCCCCAUCACAGCAAAUACAGAGCAGAUUGCACGACUGCGGAGUGAACUGGACGUUGUUCGUGGAAACACCAAGGUGAUGUCUGAAAUGCUCACAGAAAUGGUCCCUGGGCAAGAAGAUUCAUCAGACCUAGAGUUACUGCAGGAGCUGAACCGCACCUGUCGAGCCAUGCAGCAGAGGAUCGUGGAGCUCAUCUCCAGGGUGUCCAACGAAGAAGUCACAGAAGAGCUGCUUCAUGUAAACGACGAUCUGAACAACGUUUUCCUCCGAUACGAGAGAUUUGAGCGAUACAGGUUGGGUCGGUCUGCACAGAACGCAAGCAAUGGGGUUCUCAGCGAGGUGACUGAAGACAACUUAAUAGACCUGGGGCCUGGCUCCCCGGCAGUGGUCAGCCCCAUGGUUGGAAACACGGCGCCGGCGUCCACACUUUCGACCCAACUCGCUGGGCUUGAUAUAGGCACAAACAACGUGAGCGGAACGCUCAGCUCCCUCCAGCACCCCAACCCCCGGGAUGACUUCGACAUGUUCGCACAGACGAGAGGCAGUUCACUGGCUGAUCAACGCAAGACCGUAACGUAUGAAGACCCCCAGGCUGUUAAAGGACUGGCAUCUGCCCUGGAUGUUCGGAAACACAACGCAGGAGGGAGGAGAGGUAAAAGUGGCAGUUCAGACAUGGAGCCCAUAGACAAGUGGCUAAUGACGCAAGGAAUGAUUCCCGUCACACAGUCCUCUGUCAUGGAUGACAUUGAGGAAUGGCUCAGUACCGACGUGAAAGGAGACGAACUGGAAGAAGGAGUGACGAGUGAAGAGUUUGACAAAUUCCUAGAGGAGCGCGCCAAAGCUGCUGAAAGGAUCCCCAACCUGCCCUCGCCACCUCAGGAGGAACCCACGCCACCGACGACGGCAAACCCCCCAAGCAAAAAGAAACCGGAGCGCUCGGAAGAUGCCCUCUUUGCCCUGUGACGCUCCUUCCUCGGCUCUUCUUCCCCGUGUGCGUGUGUGGAGGAAGGCAACCGCGCAGUCCAGCGGCCUCCUUGUGCUCUCCAGCUAGCGACGAGCUCCCUUUGCCCUCCUGGGUUCCAUAGAUGGCCUCUCGUACCUCUUGGAAGCGAUCCAGCCCGAAUAAGCUAACAUUUCACAGAGUAUUUACAUCCAGCCUUGUCACUUCUGUGGCUGUCCUUCCCCACUCGCUAAGCUCCUUCUCUCUCGCACCCACCCACCCAGCUCAAUACCAAGACCCUCUCUCUUUUUUAAUAAUAAUAAUAAUAAUGCAUGAAUUCUUUCUCAUCUCACCUCCCCGCAUUUCCGGCAGCUCCAGAACAGAGUUGUGCAGAGGGCAGUCCUGUCUUUUAUUUAAGCCAAAACCUCCUUUCUCCCGCAAGCCAGUCCAAAGUGCAACAUGCUUGGUGCAUCUCUGAUAGUGUAUAAGUAUGUUUAGGUGCCUGUUUCUCAAGAACCGGCGUAGCCUUCCCAUAGGUUGAACACAAAAGAAAUUUAUCGUCAUGCUGCAGUCCCAGAAUUUGGCACCAUGCGUUGCCUGUUCCCCCUUCCCAGCUGGGUUGUGGAUCUUUUUCGUGGGAUGUUUGUUUGGCUUUCUGCCCUAAGGUGGUCAACUGCAGUGAGGAUUGUGACCUGGCUCUGAUAGGUAGGCCGUGUUUCUUAGCGGGUACGCUGUCUCUACAAGGGAGAAGAAACCCCCCCCCCCAAAUGGGCAGUCUUUAAAGUAGUAUCUGUGUUUGCCAGGUGGACUCCUGGCACACACAUACCAAAGGCCUGCUUUGCAUGGGUGUAUGUGAGACGCACGUGGAAAGGGGUUUAGAAUAGAUCCUCUGUCCUUGCCACAGAGGUGUCACUGAGAAUCCUGGGAGUAGGAUCCGGCCACAGCUGGGCUGCUGCGUGCAUUGCAAGGAAGCUGCACUUUAAAUUUUGAAUGGGGAAACUUCAAUGAGUAGCAUGAGACAGUGUGGUGCAUAGUCUGGAAUGACGACCCUUGUUGGCACCUCGGCUGCUGCGUUCUAAGUGAUGGCUUUUCCCGUCUUGUCUGCGUGCCCCUCUGCCUCCGCUAGCACCCCUGAAGUUGCUGUCAGGAUUUCCAGGCUGUGCCAAAUUCUCGACAGGGUACUUGUCUUUGGCUUCUCUGGCCUUCCAACAAAUCCCAAGUGGAGUUAGAGAAGGCAGAAGUGACCCUUUUAGUAUAGGAGUUGAUCUUGCUUGCUGUUGCUUUCCUGGUCCAGCGCGACUGCCACUUCCUGGGCCUCCAUACGACUGGUAACUUUGGGUGAUGAACCUGUAUGGGUGUUUUGCCUGGCGGAGAGAGGUGCUCUGAGAUGGGAGCACCCCACGCGAUCCACUGACAAUUUGGUGUGUGGUUUCAACCUGUCCAAGGGUAUAAUGUAAGGUCCACCCAGGAGGAAAGUAGCAACUGCCCCCUCCCUGGGAUCACGUCACAUAUUUGUGCAGGAUUAAAUCAAACCACGGGAGUUGCAUUCUGCUUUGUGGUGGAACUGUCUGUCAUAUAUGGUUCGACCUCCUGCGUUGCAGUUAGUUUUGCUGUUUUGAUCCCAGGUCCUAGUCUUGAUGUUUGACUUGGUCCACCCCCAUGCAGCAGAGUGAUGUGGUAGAGACCUAUGGUAGCUGAGUGGGCUGCACCACUUCCUUGUUUUAAAUAUUCCGUACAAAUCAAAAGCCAGCGCAGCAGGCAAAGGAGUGAGCUGGAAUCUUUUCUUGUUACGGUGUUAGGUCUCUACUUGCUAUGAAUGUUUACAAGGAGGAGUAUUCAAAAAGGGCCCUCUAACAGCUGCAGUCUGAAAUGAUAUUGCCCCAUUCUGCUGCCUCUUGCACCGUCCGCUCAGCGGACGUAUGCUUUUAAAAGCUCAUGCAACUGGAAGCCCUGUUUUGGGCGUGGCUGUUCGAUGCGUUGUCUGGCCCCAUGUCUAGUCCAAUUGGAUGGUGGUUUCUCCACCUGCCUGUCUGGAUAUUGUGGCACUACUCCUAAGCAAGAAUGUUUGGGUAACCUGUGUGUGUGUGUGUGUGUGUGUGUGUGUGUGUGUGUGUGUGUUGCAUGUUGACAUUCCAACGCUGUGAUCUGGCUUCCUGGCUACUUUAAGAAGGAGGACCAGGUCUCUAGCACAGGGCUCUGUCUCUAGCACGUAGAGUAGAAACCAGUUGUGUCCAUUCCAUUGCUUUGUAGUAGCUCAGCAUUUGGGAACCUGUGCCCCUCCAGAUGUGACUAGUUCAGAGCUCCCAUUAUCCCUGAUCAUUGACUGUGAGGGCUGGGGCUUAUGGCCGUUGGAUUCCCAGCAACAGCUUGAAGGACCACAGGUUCCCCAUCCCUGUUCCAGCAGCGUUGAGAUCCCUUUAGAGGUGGAUUUGUUGCAAGAUACUAUGCCAAGGAGAAGAACAGGCAGCCAUUGCCGGCUGUUUUGGCAAAGCGGAGAAGAAUCUCAUCCAGUCUAGGCUUGAUGAGAAAUGAAAUGACUUAUUAGUGUCAGAGAGAUGCGGACGUUUUUGCUUCCCCCCUGCCUAGGUGCUCCCCAAUAGGGGCAGUUCCUGCUACAGGAGGAAGGUCCCUUGGCUCAAGAGCCCUCGGUUGUUCCCGCGAGGACCCAGCUCUUUCGCCUGCAGCUAGAUGCCCUUGGAGCAUGUGAACUUAGGUUUCUGGCUAUGUCCUAGCACAGUCUUCCCACAACCUGGUGCCUUCCAGAUGUUUUGCACCGCAGCUCCCAGAACAUCUGGAGGGGCACCAGGUUGGUCUGCAACACUCACCGAACACCUGCCAGAGCUUUUUUGGGAGUUUCCCUAGCGUCUCAUAUCCCAAUGACCUCCCAUUGCUUCCUUGUGACGCCCAAACUGGGAAGUUGGAAUUUAAAUAUAUUUCUUCCCUUUGUCCUUAUUUCCACAGGCAUUUCUGCCCUCAGUUUUACUUCCUUUCUCUCCAACCAUCUUCACCAUUGCCGUAUUAACAGGGGUGAAGAGAGAAGGGGCUGUCUAUUGUAUUAGAGGCCAAAAGUGAGGGAAGGCUCUGACCCCAAGUGGCAUAAUCCACGAGAAUAUGGGACUAUCCAUUUUUUUAAAAUAAAUCCCUUAUCUGUGUUAGGAAUCACUAAAUGACACUAAAUUAUUGUUGGGAUCCUACUCAAACACUAAUGAGGCCUAUCAUUUAGGCUUCGGAUAUUUAUUUUUGGCCUGAUCCUGUAGGAAGUUUCUUGGCAUCAUCUCCACUGAAGUGAGCGGGAACUUGUACGAGAGAAAUCCUUGCUGGAUUGGGACCUUAAUUGUUACCUCCCUUCACCUGUUCCUUUUUUUUUUUUUUAAGAAACGCAUUUCCUACAGCGUCUUUAUUAACACCUCUGUGUUCUGAGGUGUCAGAACGAAGAAAACAAAUUGUUUCCGUUUAAAAUAUAUUCCAUGUGUGAGGAGGUGCAUAGCAUGUUCCUUCUCUACCACCAAACACCCCCCCUUUUCUUAAGUGUUAUGUGUAGAAUUCAAAUCUGUAUAAGACUGGUGCAAUAGCAAAACCUGUUACGAAUUCUUAGGCUAUGAAGAAAUUGUUAAAUAACCACGUGUGUGCCGGGGAGGAGGAAGAACCUUUAAAUGAUAACAAAGCAUCUUAGAAAUGGAAAGUGACCAUUUGGCCAUUGUCCUGUCCAUACAGCUGUGCGGUUGUCACCAUCCUGGUUCCUUCCAGAUGUUUUGUACUGCAACUCCCACCACCCAGCUGGGUCUGAUGGAAGUUUUCGCCCAAAACAUCUGGAGCACACAAAGUUUCCAAAGACUGGCCUCCAGCAUCUGUCUCUCUGUCCCCAUCUGCAUUAUACAUUUAAAGCCAUAUCAUAUCACUUUAAACAGUCAUGGCUUCCGUCAAAAAAAUCUGGGAAGUGUAGUUUGUCCAGGGUGCUGAGAGGAGGCCCCUAUUCUUACAGAGCUAUGAUUCCCAGAGUUCCCUGGGAAGAAGGAAGGGUUGUUCAACCAAACUGGAAACUGCAGCUUCGUGAGGGGAACUGGGGUGUCCUAACACCUCUCAGCACCCUUAACAAACUGUAGUUCCCGGGAUUCUUCGGGGGAAGCCAUGACUGUUUAAAGUGGAAUGGCUGUGAUUUAAACUAAUAGUGUGGAUGGGGCCAUAGCCUUUGGGGGAGACAGUGAAACCUUCCAGCUUCCAGGAAGAAUGGGGAAAGAAUGAAACGGGGGCAAGGAGGCUUCCAGCCAUAGCAAGAAGGCCACGUUCUUUCCCAUUCCCUAGUCUGAGACCUGCCUCUCUGGAGCAUUUGCUACCAGCUUCUGUUGGCCCAGACCUCAAGCCUGCUGUCCACAGCCCAGAACUGGCUGUGCCAGUGCAGUGGCUCUCUGUAGCUGCUGCAUCUUGGUAAUCUGGAUAAGAAGAUAGCCGUCCCGUUGACACUACAGGAGGAGGAGCAGGAGAAGCUGUGCCUGGCCUUUUCCUGUCACUCCCCAUCCCUGUCCUGGGAGGACAGGCAGAGGAGGAACAAGAGGGGUCCAGGGAUGGGAAAGCACUUUUUCCUUUGUAAAAGAAGGUUGCUGGGGUUCUAGUUUGCUGCCAGCCCUUCAUCUGGGUGGUGGCUGGCAGAUCAGUAAAGAAAGCGUCUCCAACAGAGGAGAUGGGGAUAUUUUAACCUUUUCAUUGCACUCUUCCCCUGCACAGACAAAAGAACGCCAGAGCUGCAUCAGUGCUCACUUCUGGCAGUCUAGCAUGCAUCGAACCUUCCUUCAUUCGGUUUAGUAUUUCCCAACCUGGUACCUUCCAGAUGUUUCAAACUACAGGCUGGGGCUGAUGGGAGUUGUCCUCUAAAACUGGGGAAGGUCUGAUUCAGUCCCUGUGAGGAUCAAAGAGAGGCGAAAGCAUCCCCUACUGGUACUUACUGCUAGGAUAAGAAGGACUGGUGCAGGGCAUGGGAUCCCCCUGAUUAAUGGCCUAUUGACCCCACAAACUUUAAACCUUUGGCUCUGUUUUCGCUGCCGUGUCUCCCGCCCAAAUGAUCCCUGGGAAAUGCCUGUCUGCAAAGAGGUGAGAUGCAUUUGGCACAAUUCAUGGCACUCUCCCAACGCAGCAGUUCCCAGGGCAAUUUUUUGUGCAGGAGGGGGGUGCAGAUCAUAAAUGAUGAUUUUUGAAGUGGUCUCAAUCCAGUUUAAAAUGUCUCAUGUGGAUAGGUGAGCUUGCCACUAAACCACAACUCCCAUCAUCCCUGACCAUUGGCCAUGCUGGCUGAGGCUUUUGGGAGUCCCGGCAAUGCCUGAAGUUGCCACAGGUUCCCGAUUCUUAAAUAGAAGUGAGGAACUUGGGUGUUUAUUUGAGCCGUUUUUUCAGGCUUAGCCUGGAAAGCAAACUUAACAUGGUCUCAUGACCUUUCAGGAGAGCACAGAAGGUAUGAAGUAUGGACCCAAUUCUUUGCUCAACCUCUGGUGUUAAAUGCUGACUUUAAAGUUAAUAGCUGCAGCCAUAGAAGCAUCAACACAAGGCGGCCGUGGAUGAAUGGCAGCUGCAGGAUAGCAGUCGAGAAUUGGGCCCUUUUAAUUAUCCAGCAUCUGGCCUGAACACUUGGCCUCCUUUUAACCUCCACCCUGCUUUGAUACCUGCAGAAGUGCGGACCACACCUGAAUUUGUGAUCCCACAACACCCUUUUAUAAUCUCACAGGAAGUGGCUUGCUUAGAAAUUUCCAAAUCUUCUGUACAGUCCUUUUGAACCUUAGGCAUGCAGUGACUGAACCUGCUAACUAUUUGGAUUUUAAAACAAACAAAACACCAAUCCUGGCCUUUUGUCGUCCUGGUUCCUCAUAUAACCCCUAUAAAUCUGUUUCCUGCUCUUAUUUCUCCAUGGCAAGCAAAUGCUUCUACAGAACAUCCUUAUUCAGUGGGGUUCCUCUGCCCUCCGAGAAAAUUAGUAUGAGCUCCCCCCCCCCCACGUCUGCUAACUGUUGCAAUAGCAUCACCCCACCGUAACCUGUGUCAUAGUGUCUCCAUCUGUAUAUUUUUUAAAAAGCUCUAGGCGUGUCCAGAUUAAAAGUGGAUAAUAUUUAUUUACUGAAAAUAUUUGUUUGUUUUGUUUGUUUGGGGGAGAAGGUUGGUGGGCAGGGAAAGGGAAUUAAUUGUUUUUUAAAAAUGUAAAGACAGCUAUGUAAAAAUUAAUUCUUUAAAUGCCUUUAAAACUAUCCUGGCUUUUCUCUCUCUCUCUCUUUCUCUCCUUCCUUUUUAGUGAUGGUGUUCUUUGUGUGAGCGAAAACCUGCUAAACGGUUUUUGCAUCAGGAUGUAUUAAUUAACCUGCUGUCACUUAACUCUUGUCUGUCCGUCGGUCUCUGUACAUUUUUUUUCUCCUUUCAUUCUUGCAUGUGAAAUACUCCAAUAAAAUACCGUUAGUGCAAA